CAAAAGUGCGGUAUCGGUACCGCUGCUUUUAAUUGGUCCACGUAGCUGUCUAAGUGGCUUAAUUGUCGUUCAGAAAAUCCAUCCCAGACCCAUUUCCCAUCAACCGGCCCAACCUGGAAUCGCUUCAAUUUUUUUUUUAAUUUUUUUUUCUCCUAGUAAAACACUGCAGUAAUUAACUUUUUGAGUUUUUCCCAGAAAAACGAGAAAGAAUCAACUGUCUUCCUCACCGUCUGUGAUGAUCGAGGUCGGAGGAGCAUCGAUUCCGGCGAGAAGAUACGGAAAUGGUUUGACAAGAAGGAGAAAGAAUUGAGGAAUGAAGGAAGAACAUAGUGAAUUGCUGAGGGAGAUUGAGAAAGAAAGGGGGAGAGAAGAGGAAGAAGACAGCCGGGGAGAAGCAAUUAAGCAAAUAUUGGUUCAUUACAUCGUUCCUCUUCUCGGAUUGCUUUGCCGCCAUCAAAUCUAGUCGAUCCCAAGUCCCAACCCAAUGGAAAGUAAACCUUCCUCCCUCUCUGCCAUCCAUUUUUGAAACAUCAAAACCCGGAGCAUCGAAACCCAGAUCUAAAGAUUGAUGAUUGUAAUUGCAUAGUGGCUUUUGGUUUCAACUAAUUCCGCUCUCGCUCUCCGCCUCGUUCCCCUUUGUCUAGCCUGCAGUCAAGAAUUAUUUAUCCUUCCUCAUCGCGUGAGCAGCUGCUGUUCCAUAGGUCCACCAUUUUUUACUCCUAAACCGGCUACCAGCUACUUAAGUAAAUGAUAUGGUAUUGAUUAAGCUCCUCCAUGGCUCAAUAAGAUAAAGAAAACAACAUAAGAAACAACUACUGAGUACCGAGGACAAGCAUUACCAGUGGCAAUUAACCCACAAAUAAAACAAGGGAUUCGUGUCUGCAAGUGCUCUUUUUUACAUAAUAAAUCUAGGAGGAAGACGGUGGAGAUUUUAGUGGAGGUGAAUAAAAGAGCUUAUAUAAGAGAUGGCUUCGACAAUUAAGAAAUCGCCGGAAUUUUUGUUGAUUUUAAUAGUCCGGCGGAGAGGGGGUGUGAGGAAGACGAAGAGAUUCUUUUUGCAUUUUUUUGGAAAAAAGUAAUUACUUAAAAUAAUUGAAAAAGCUUUUUACUGUGAAAAUAAAAAGCAGUAAGAAAUUCCUUUGUGCGGUGGUUGGCCCGGUUCAUUAGCGACUGAUUGGGCUGGUUUUUGCAAAAAUUGACUAAAGCCACAUCAUCUAGUUACCGACAUGUGGCCCAAUAGAAAUCAGCACUUUUGAAAGCGGCACCAUAGCAUUAGCCAUAACCAUAUAUGGUCCAUGGACCGCUCAAUUUUCAGCCCUAUUGAGCAGUGAGAUAGUUUGGCAACUGUAACCGCUAAUUAGAAGUGGACCAAAUGGUUGAGAAUGAGAAUAGAAACUUGUAGCCCAACCAAAUCUGGCCUGAUAAUUGUGACAAAGCCCAAAAAGGCUCGACCUCGUGGAUUGAGGCCCACAGUCUCACAUUGGCCAUUAGGUCACGAGGACCAUAUAAAUUAUAAAUUUAGAAGGCUAGGGUUUCUUACCACUGCCUCUGCUACAUCUCGACGGCGAGAACAAGAGGGUUAGUGUUUUCUCUCUCGUUCGGCAGGACUCAGGCGGCGCGAGACAAACUUUCCGAAGCAAUAUGGCGAGAGGACUGAAAAAGCACCUGAAAAGGCUCAAUGCGCCAAAGCAUUGGAUGCUGGACAAGCUCGGAGGCGCAUUCGCACCCAAGCCGUCCUCUGGCCCGCACAAGUCCAGGGAAUGCCUUCCUUUGGUGCUUAUUCUCAGGAACAGGUUGAAGUAUGCUCUGACUUAUAGCGAAGUCCAGGCCAUAUUGAUGCAGCGACAUGUUAUGGUUGAUAACAAGGUCCGGACUGAUAAGACCUUCCCUGCUGGUUUUAUGGAUGUUGUCUCCAUCCCCAAAACCAAUGAGAACUUCCGCCUGCUGUAUGAUACCAAGGGGAGGUUCAGACUGCACUCCCUCCGUGAUGAGGAGGCAAAGUUUAAGCUUUGCAAGGUCAGGUCAAUUCAAUUUGGCCAGAAAGGCAUCCCUUACCUGAAUACUUAUGAUGGCCGGACCAUCCGCUAUCCUGACCCGCUGAUUAAGCCGAAUGAUACAAUUAAGCUGGACUUGGAGAGCAGCAAAAUUGUUGAUUUCAUCAAGUUUGAUGUGGGGAACGUGGUCAUGGUUACAGGAGGUAGGAACAGAGGCCGAGUUGGAGUUCUCAAGAACAGGGAGAAGCAUAAGGGAAGCUUCGAGACCGUCCACAUCCAAGAUUCUCAGGGCCAUGAAUUUGCAACUCGUCUGGGCAAUGUGUUCACCAUUGGCAAGGGUACUAAGCCGUGGGUGUCUCUUCCCAAGGGCAAGGGUAUUAAGCUCACUAUUAUCGAAGAGGCAAAGAGGAGGAUUGCUGCGGCUCAGGCUGCUGCUUAGGUAACUUGAAUUUGAAAUGGAUGUGGUUGAAGAAGUUUAUCUAGUAGGAUGAAUGUUGUCCUUCGUAUCCCUUUUCAAGACUUGACAUAAUUUUGCUUUACUAUCAAUUUUGUGGGAUUUGGAAUUUGCUUGAACAUAUUUCAGCUUGGUUGUGCUUCCUAGUAUUUCACUUUUAGGGUAGGCCCGGUCAGCCUUAUCCUGUGCCAUAUGCUUUAGUCUCCUAUGCUUCUUCUGUUAAUUUGUUUUUGUUUCUUGUCAAAGGUUUCCAAUAAGGUGAAUUUUUUUUCAUAGGUGAGAAUUUGUUUUGAUAACAAGCUGAUGAACCUAAUGCUGAAACUUAAUUUAUUGUGUGCUGGAAUUUGAUGUCCGUAACAAGUCGGGAGUAUAGAUUCAAUUUUUUUUUCCCAAACAGUUUUUGACUUUCAAAUGCUCUAUGAAUAAAGUGUUGGGGGAGGAAAAGAAGAGUAGAGUGAGGGGAGUGGGACGAGGUUCGAGUUCGAGGGUUGAGGUUUUCCUUCAGUUGGUUGAUUGGAAUUCUGUAUUUGGUAGUAGUAUGUAAGCCAAUGACUUGACUUCUCGGGUUCUAGUCAAUUUCAGGCAAUAUGACUCAAUGAAAACGUUGGUUUUCAACUCAAUUUUAUCGGUCUUUCUUUUCAAGGUCAUAUUUCUCUCUUCUAUUAUCAUCCACCAACUUCUUUUCAAAGUCAUAUUCCUCUCAUCCAUUAUCAUCAACUAGGGUGGGCAUUUGGUCGGUUUGGUUUCUACCGAACCAAAAUUAUGAAUACUGGGUCCUCGAUUUUCCCCAAACCUCAAACCGAAUUCGAAGUGAAUUAUGAUUCACGUUGAACCAAAUUUGUUAAACUACUUGUAUCUUCUCACUUCUAAAUUAUUUUUACCCCUAAUAUAAACAAUAAAUAUGU